AAUGCAUGAACUUCCCAUGGUGAGAGACUGGCGCCCCCUUGCGGUAAGAUGCACACAGCGGAAUCUCGACUCGGCGGCGGCACAAACCUCCUGUCAUGCUUUAGGAGGAACACGCACACACACACGCACGCUAUCCGGACUGAACUGAGCCCAGCCCCAUCUCAGGAGGAGGCUGUGCUCGCUCUCUAGGUGUUUGGACUGAGAGCAGAUCGCAUUUGAUCCAUCUGAUCAUCACCAGAGCGCCUUUAAUUCUCAGUCUCAGCGACAGACAGACAGCAACACGAGUCAUGGAGACCAGACUGCCCUCCAGCUAGCUAACUGCUAUCCGAUCGGAGCCCAAAAACAUGCGCUAGACAGGUAUUUGCCCUGCUACAUCUGCUCUUUCAGUGUGUCCACAGGGGAGAAAACACGACUUGAAGAUUUCUGACAUCCAUCAGUGAGACUUGAGAUGAUCUGAAUCUGAAAGAUUUUAUACGAAGACUGUUUCCUGUUUUCACAUCUGGCCAUCAGCAGCUGAAGAUGCAGACUUUCCUGAGAGGCAGACGAGUGGGCUACUGGCUCAGCGAGAAGAAGAUGAAGAAACUCAAUUUCCUGGCCUUUGCAGAGAUGUGCAGGAAACGAGGAAUAGAAGUUGUUCAGCUUGACCUGAGUCAGCCAUUAGAGGAGCAGGGUCCCCUGGACGUCAUCAUUCACAAGCUAACAGACCUGAUCCUGGAGGCGGACCAGAAUGACACCCAGUCCCUGUUGCUGGUCCAGCGUGUGCAGGAUUAUAUUGACGCUCACCCAGAGACCAUCAUUCUUGACCCACUUCCAGCUAUCCGAACUCUACUGGACCGCUGCAAAUCCUACCAGCUGGUGCACAGGAUAGAGGACUGCAUGAGAGAUGUGAGGAUCUGUUCUCCUCCGUUUAUGGUGCUGAACAGUGAGUGUGGCCCAGACACGCUGGAGCAGAUCAAGCAGCACGGUCUUACAUUCCCUUUCAUUUGCAAAACACGGGUUGCUCACGGAACUAACUCUCAUGAGAUGGCUAUAAUAUUCAACGCAGAGGACCUAAAGGACGUGAAGCCACCGUGUGUCAUACAGAGUUUUAUAAACCACAACGCCGUGCUCUAUAAGGUGUUCGUGGUGGGCGAGUCGCACACUGUGGUGGAGAGACCAUCACUUAAGAACUUCCCCUCUGGACCUUCUGACAGAAAAGCAAUUUUCUUCAAUAGCCACAAUGUGUCCAAGCCAGAGUCUUCCUCUGACCUCACAUCUAGGGAUAAUGUAGAAGGUGUUUCGCAGCCACCGAAUGAUGAUGUUAUUAGGGAACUGUGUAAAUCUCUUCGGGAAUCUCUCGGUGUUUCGCUCUUCGGCAUCGACGUCAUCAUUAACAACCAGACGGGCCAACACGCAGUCAUUGACAUCAAUGCAUUCCCUGGAUAUGAGGGUGUCCCAGAGUUCUUCAGUGAUCUCCUGAACCACAUCAUCAGCGUCCUCCAAGACCACUCCUCCAGCGACCCCUCGGCCCCGCCCCCUCCUUUAGGCGCAGGAGAGCGCAACUGCGCCCCGUCCCAGGAGUGCUGCGGCAUGCUUGGCAAAGAGUCGGACAGCAGCCCCUGGAUCGUGGAGGGCGACGGUGGUCUGAAAGGCCCUCGUCAGAGACUGGGCUGCAACACGGCCAUGUCCCCCAACUUCCAACAGCACUGCGUGUCCACGAUAGCCACUAAAGCCUCGUCACAAUGACUGCCGUCUCCCCGCUGUCCUUCCCUGAACAAAUUGUGAAGACAAACUGAAUAAUAUACAAUAACAAUAACUAUUAUACUGAUAAAAUAUCUGUAAUCAAAAAUAAACUAUAUUGGGAAUAAUCAUAAUGAUGUUGAUGAUGGGCAUUGGAUUCUGUCUCCUAUGCCUUUGUAUACGUUUUAUUUUUUAAUUUCUUUCUCUUCAGUCUAACAACUCAGUACUGUAAUGUGAACUUUUUGCAAAUGAACAUUGAUCAGCAGCUUUUAAAAAAAAUCAGUUUUAAUUUGAAGCACAGUGCAAAAUUAGUGGAUGUUAGUUCAUUGAACACACUAGGCAUGUUGGAUAUUUAAGCUGGAAGUUUUUUUUCUUUUGUUGCUGAUGGAAAAGACUAACGGAUAUCAGUGUUUUUAGUGACACUGAACACAAACACACAGAAUAAUCUAACAAACAGGACACCUAAAAUGUCUUUGUGCUCUGUAUUUAGUGGCAAUCCUAUAUUGUGAUGAUCCACAGUGUAUAUCAUUGUGCAGCGUCUACAAAGCUCUUGUAGGCCGUGUGCCACUGUGUUUGAUCUUGUGACACUCCGUAAUCUUUUCAUAAUGCUCCAGAAGUCUUUCAUCAUCCUUCCAUAAACAUAGUGACGCCUGACAUUUUUCAUGUGCAUUUCAAUGCAUCAUAUCAUAAGGUGUUGUGUGAAGUUGGGAGAAAACUGAACGAGUAUCAUUAACGUUUUGAUAGUUUUAUGAAAGUCGACUCCGAAAGUUCUGCUGUUCUUCUAAAAUUCUUCUAAAUUCUUUUUUUUUUUUUUUUUUGCUCAAUGUUGCGUUUGGUUGGACGGUUACAAGAGGAUAUUCUGACAUUCCCUGUAUGAGUGUGUUGUUUUUUAGCAGACGGUCCUUUAAAAGUUCAGAUGUUUUGUAUAUGAUCCAGUUUUGAAAGUCAUAUUUAUGACUUUGCUUCAGGUUAGUACAGAGCCUUGAAAUAUUUGAACAAACUGCAUAAGAUGGAUGUUAAUGUAUAUGUUGGGAGUAUUUUGUCUUGUUCUAAUUGCAAAGAAGAACACCUCUCUUCUACAAAGGGUUCAACGCUUUGAUUCUUGGUUACCAUUCCUCGUUUAAAAGGAAAAUGGACAGAUUUGUAACAUAUUCUUCAUUAUAAAUGGAAUAAUUGCUAACUUGUUUGAAAAUCACUAAUGAAUACAAAGUAUUUGUUUUAUACAUCUUCUAGUUAGCGAAACGUUGCAUUUGGUUGCUGAUUUAAAUCAAUCUGUUUUGUAAGAUGCCACGAGGCAGUUGAAGCACUAAUUAAUUUGUUUAGCACUAAUGUCAAUGUCAUUAAAACCAUCUGAACAUUUCA